GCCGGGCGGGGGCCUGGGCCGGGGCCGCGGACGCUGGGGGCGCCUCGGCCGCGCUCAGCCUUUAGAUCGGAGAAUGCGGGCGGGGUGGGAGCGCUCGGGGUCCCCGCAGUCACUCCAGGGUCGAUUUCUCGGCGGGCGCCGCGGCCUGUGCGAGGCCGGGCCCCUUGGAGUGCCCCGGGAGGUGGUGCUGGGCGUCUGAACGCCACAUCCCUUCCUGCGCCCGUGUGUGGGUUGGGAAUGCCGGGUGUAGGCCUUAGAUCAGAGCUGACGGGGUUGCGAGCGGCGUGGGGUGUGCCUGGGACGGUGACCGGAUGUGUCUUCCUGAAUCGUUGUAUUCGAGCUCCAGUUCCCUCUGUUUCUACAGCUGGGCCUCAGUCCUCACAGGGCUCUAGUGGGCGUUCAGCCACACCAGGAGAAGGCGCCCAGGGGAUUAACAGGACCCUUCCCUCUCCUGCUCUUCCCUCGCCCCCCAUGGCUCCCCCUCCCUCCUAUUUAGUAGGUACUUCUCCAGCACCCCACAGCGAUGCUGGAUGCUGGCCCUAAAGCCAGAUGCCUAAAUAAAGUGUGGAGCCUGAAGCAGAAGUUUUGGGAGAUGCUUGCCUUCCUUUAGACCACAUUCCUCGCCUUUCUCAAGAUUUCUCCGUGACCCAACAUGAGUGAAGUUUCCUGCAAGAAACGGGAUGACUAUUUGGAAUGGCCAGAGUAUUUUAUGGCUGUGGCCUUCUUAUCAGCACAGAGAAGCAAAGAUCCAAAUUCCCAGGUCGGCGCCUGCAUCGUGAAUUCAGAAAACAAGAUUGUCGGGAUUGGGUACAAUGGGAUGCCAAAUGGGUGCAGUGAUGACGUAUUGCCUUGGAGAAGGACAGCAGAGAAUAAGCUGGACACCAAAUACCCGUACGUGUGCCAUGCCGAGCUGAAUGCCAUCAUGAACAAAAAUUCGACCGAUGUGAAAGGCUGUAGUAUGUAUGUUGCCUUGUUCCCUUGUAAUGAAUGCGCUAAGCUCAUCAUCCAGGCAGGUAUAAAAGAAGUGAUUUUCAUGUCUGAUAAAUACCAUGAUAGUGACGAGGCAACUGCUGCGAGGCUCCUGUUUAAUAUGGCUGGGGUGACAUUCCGGAAAUUCAUACCGAAGUGCAGCAAGAUUGUCAUUGACUUUGAUUCAAUUAACAGCAGACCGAGUCAAAAGCUUCAGUGAGUUACAUCUCAUUCAAUCUCCAGAAGAUUGGGAUUAUCGUCUUCUAAGAGGUUGCUAAUGCCUUUCAUCUUGAAGUUACACAUAAUUUCUUACUAGCCAGUAUGGCAAAAGUAGGCAUCUAAAGAAUAUAAAGCCUCAAAUCUUCCUUACUGUCUCUCUUGUCACAUGGAAUCUACAUGUGUUUGAACUAUUGAUUUAGGGUUUAAAAUAGGGGAGCCUGUGGUGGCCUGGUGCACAGGGCUAGAACGAGGGUGCCUCCCCUUCCUGUGUCCUGGCUGGCUGGGAUGCUGGUGGCUCUUCAGAGGAGCAUCAGCUGUCUGUCAUCCGCUGUGAUCCGGCAGCCUCUCUUCACUGCUACAUGUGCUGGAAGGACAAACAAAUAAUUGUGGUUGUGUUCUUAAUGGGGACGAGCAGACACACUGAUCUGAACAUCUGGCCCAAGUGAAGCAUGGCAUAUAGUGCCCUUGGAAGAAAAUUAGGCCUCAAAUGACAGUAACAUUGAAGUAUUUGCUGCAGAGUUGAGGGAAACCCCCAGCCACCCUCCCGGAAUCCGAGAUAGGGUGGCACAUCUGUCCUGACAGACGAGGAGUGUAACUGAACCAGGAAUAUCGCUAUUUCCUCCAUUCCUGCUCUCCCACUGCACACAGGGUGGUGGCACAUUAUCCCUCUGGGGGGUGGGGACGCCUGUUGUUUUGGCUCAAUUUGGGUUUGUUGGUCACAUGGAGCUCUUCCAUUUCGUUUAGCUGAAUAAUGAGUUGUUCCUAGAGGAGACAGCCUGUCUCUCCUUGUUGCCCCCAAAGCCCAUGCCCUGCCGUGGUGGCAGCUGGGGCUGUGGAUGGGAGGGGUCCCCAACACGGAUGUGUUGCCCCUCCUCCGCAUGCCAACGAGGUUCAUGUACAAGGCCCCUCUGCAACUGGAGAGAAAAUUAAUUCCUAUCCCGUGAGUGGAUUGUGAGAAAUUCCACCCACGUGGAGACAGCUUACUGCAGCACUGUUGGUGUUCGGAGCUCUUCUGUGCCCUGGCUCCAUGCUUUCACCUACACAAACAUCACCUUCCUAAUCACCGCGGGGCGGGGAGCGUGUGGCUGUGCCCCUUCUCUUUAAUCUCAUUUAAUUUUUAUUAAACAUGCUCAGUACCUGUGUUGAGAAAAGGCUUUCUUUAUCCUAAAGAUUAUUACCUUUUUAAAGUGCUCUUAUAUUUUCAUGAGUUUUUAUUUUGUCUCUGAGAUUUUGUAUUCCACAUUCUAGGGUAUUCUGUAAUUUGGCUCCUUACCAAUAUUAUUAAAAUCUUAUUAAAAUCUA